AUGUCUCAUCCUCAACCUAUUCUAUUCAAUAAUGAAUGGUCCAUUAGUACAAGUCAUGGCUCAAUCUUAGCAUCCGAAGGUGACAGACGCCAGGAGUACGAAACUGGUCUCGGCACACAUCAUUUACCAGAGAUGAUCUUUGAUAAAACAACACUGAAAAUUGUUCAUAUAAAAAAGAAAUUAGAAAUCAUCUUUAAUGCAUUCGAUGCAUUGAAACAUGUUGAUAUGUAUAAUAACAUCGAACAAAUUCCUAAAGUCUCGAUGAGUGAUGUCUGGACAAAGUCACGUAGUAAAGAUAGAGAAUUAGAUUAUGUCAAGCCGUACGAUUGGACAUAUACAACGAGAUACCAAGGUACUUUGUGUUCAUCGAAUGAGCAUGCAUGGCGUGUCGAAGCAACGAAUCAACAGCUUGAUUUAGAGAAACUCAAACGACAAGAGCCGAUCUUAUUCUACGAUGAAUUAACACUCUAUGAUGAUGAAUUAGCUGACAAUGGUACGUCAAAUUUAACAUUGAAAAUUCGUUGUAUGCCAAGCGGAUAUUUUGUUCUUCUACGAUAUUUUCUGCGCGUCGAUGGCGUACUUUUUCGAUGCUUUGAUACACGCUAUCAUUAUGAAGUUGGCAAUUGUUAUGUAUUACGCGAGUAUAUCGAACGCGAAUCGCCUGUCUCAUCGUUAAAGCCUGAAUUUCAAUCAACGUCGGAUAUCAAUGCAGUGAUCACGCAAUUGAAAAUAAAUAAACAUCAAUUAGAAAAACUGUUUUUUGAAGAAACUACGAAGUAG